AUGGCGAGCAAGUACCAAAACAUGUACGCCGCCCUCGAUUCGGAUGACGAGGACACUCCUCGCGUAAGCAAGAAAGUCACGCCUCCUCCUUCUGCUCCUGUAGCGUUAAACAACCCUGCUGCCGGCAACAAGAAGGCCGCUAACAAGAAGGCUCCUGUUGGCGACAAAAAGGAGACCCGUGGUCCUCGUGAGGGUGGCCGUGGAACGCGUGAACGUGGGGAGCGAAGUGAGGGUGGUCGAGGCCCACGUGAACGUGGAGAGCGCAGUGAGGGUGGUCGAGGUCCUCGUGAACGUGGGGAGCGUAGUGAGCGUGGCCGUGGAAACCGCGGACCCCGUCGUGACUUUGAACGUCGUAGCGGCACGGGCCGUGGAAAAGAGACCAGCAGACAGGGAGGCGGAGCUCACAACUGGGGCAACAAGGCCGACCCAACCGAGCAGUUGGCUGAGGCUGAUCUGCAAGAAGGUGCUAAACUUGUUUCGGAUGAAGAAAGUCCCGAGGAGCUUCCAGUUGAGGAGCAGGAAGAGGAGGAAGUUCAGCUCACCCUUGAUGAGUAUCUUGAGAAGAAAAAGUCAUCUCGAUCAGGUGAACUUUUUGCUGAGGUAGAAGUGCGUCAAGUUUCCAACGAGUUCUCCAGCGCAGUGCAAAUAACUAAAGAGGGCAAGACGCCCGAUUUCAUGGACUCGCAGUACGAAAAGGUGUACAGCAAGAAGACAUCAGGGCGUAAGAAACAGGUCAUUACUGACGUCGGUUUCCGCACGGAAAAGCCAGAGCGCUUUACUCGCGAAUUUGACUCCUCCCGUGGUGGGCGUGGUGGUCGUGGUGCACGUGGCAAUGGUCGCAGCGGUGGCCGCGGCGGUCGCAGUGCCAAUGUUCCAAAUGUGACGGACAUGAGCGCAUUCCCCAGCCUUGGCUAA